GACCUGUCAUAGAAGGCAUUAUCUCAUCAUCAUAUCAUCCGCCAUCAUGUGUCGUUUCUGUGGAGUCCUUGUUGGCGAGUGCCUUGCGCCUCUCAUCCGAAGAACAGCAGCAACGGUGCAGAAGAGGUCGAUGAGCAGCAGAGUCGCAUAUCGUGCCGCCAUCCGCACAGCACAGCCUAGCAUUGCUCAAAGCAGCGCCAAGCCGUUCUCGACUUCGGCGAUUUUGAGCAAGAAAGGAGGUAAGGCAUCUCGCGAGGAGAAAAAGGCCGACUCGAAAGGGAAGACCGAUGCCGCGAGUGCUGCCACUGAGGAUCCAUACGACUUCUCUGCUCUGGAAAGCGAGAUUGCGAGCACGUUGGAACGGCUGAAGAACGAUCUGUCCAAGCUACGAGCCGGUGGCCGCUUCAACCCCGAAGUCGUCGAAAAUCUGCGCGUACAACCGAACAAGCAAAGCACCCAGACUGUCAGGCUCAACGAUGUCGCCCAGGUCGUUCCCAAAGGCCGCACAGUGCAAGUCCUGGUCGGCGAGGAGGAUCAUGUUAAGCCGGUCACUUCCGCCAUCCAGUCUUCUUCGCUAUCGCUCACCCCUCAACCGGAUCCCACUGGUCAGAAUAAACUCCUUCUCAUCUUAAACAUCCCACCCCCAACGGCACAAUCACGCAAAGCUGUCAUCGACGAAGCUGUGAAAGCAGGUGAAAAGGCUAGCACGAGUAUAAGAGAUGCGAGGGGCAAACAGCAGAAGAAGUUACGGGCAAUGCAGUUGAACAAAUCUGCUAGGCCGGAUGAUCUGAAAAAGGCUGGUACGAUGAUGGAGAAGACGGUUGAAAAGGGAAGCGCCGAGCUAAAGAAGGUGGUCGAUAACGCUAAGAAGGUAUUGGAGAGUGCUUGAUACUGCUCAAUGAUGUGUUUCAGUCUUCAAUCCAUUGAUAUAAACACUGGCGAACUGACUCCAUCGCGCCGUGAUCGAUGUUCUGGAUUGGGACCAAGAUUGCGGUACGUACAGUGGACAAGAAGCCAUGUUCAGGACUGGAACUUUUACCUUGCAGUUUGGCUCAGCCCAAUAAAGUGGCCAGAGAACGAGAUAGUCUUCUUUGGGGAUCACGAGGAUGUAGG